CCUCCCACUCACCCUGUCGCACGACCUGGGGGUCUUAAGCGGGUUGAAGCGCGUGGACCCGCGGUCUCAAUCAACUCAGCGGAACGCUCGCCGAUGUGCUGGGAGAAGGCGAGAAAAAGAAGAAGAAGAAGAAGAAAAAAGGUGCACUGUCUCUUUAAAUCCCCUCGGCUGCUGUGCUCUCUAUUGAUCGAGCCACCAUUUUCCAGCAGCAGUAGCGGCGGCGGCGAGGCGGCGUUGGAGAUCCCCCUUCCUGGAGACGCCAGGACCCGGGGCAGAUAUGGCCGCGAACAUGUACCGGGUCGGAGAUUACGUGUACUUUGAAAAUUCAUCAAGCAACCCCUAUUUAAUCAGAAGGAUAGAAGAACUGAAUAAGACUGCCAAUGGCAAUGUGGAAGCAAAGGUGGUGUGUUUCUACCGAAGGAGGGACAUUUCCAGUACCCUGAUUGCUUUAGCAGACAAGCAUGCAAGGGAGAUGGAAGAAGAAAUGGAAAACCCAGAAAUGGUAGAUCUUCCUGAAAAACAGAAACACCAGCUUAGGCACAGGGAAUUGUUCCUUUCACGACAGCUGGAGUCCUUACCUGCAACUCACAUUAGAGGCAAAUGCUGCGUUACGCUGCUCAAUGAGACGGAAGCUUUGAAAUCCUACUUGGAGCGGGAGGAUGCGUUUUUUUAUUCUCUCGUCUAUGACCCUCAGCAGAAGACUCUGCUUGCUGACAAAGGGGAAAUCAGAGUAGGGAAUAAAUACCAAGCAGACAUCACAGAUCUCUUAGAAGAUGGUGAAAGCGAUGGAAGAGACCAGUCCAAACUGGAAAUUAAAGUAUGGGAUCCAAACAGUCCUUUGACAGAUAAACAGAUUGACCAGUUUUUGGUAGUUGCACGAUCAGUUGGUACCUUUGCCAGAGCCCUUGACUGCAGUAGUUCCAUCAGGCAGCCAAGUUUACACAUGAGUGCUGCAGCGGCCUCUCGAGAUAUCACCCUGUUCCACGCCAUGGACACCUUACACAAAAACAGCUUUGAUAUUUCCAAGGCCAUUUCAGCACUUGUGCCCCAAGGUGGGCCAGUGCUAUGCCGGGAUGAAAUGGAGGAAUGGUCAGCAUCAGAAGCUAAUCUUUUUGAAGAAGCUUUGGAGAAGUAUGGCAAGGAUUUCACAGACAUCCAACAAGACUUUCUGCCAUGGAAAUCCUUGACGAGUAUAAUUGAAUACUACUAUAUGUGGAAGACAACAGACCGAUAUGUACAACAGAAACGACUAAAAGCUGCAGAGGCAGAAAGCAAAUUAAAACAAGUCUACAUUCCAAACUAUAACAAGCCUAACCCCAACCAGCUGAAUGUAAACAGUGUGAAGCCCGGUCUGGUCAAUGGAGCUGGAACAACAGCAGGAGUACCUCCCAGUUCAACAGGCCCUGGGUUGCCAGGCCAAAAUGCUGUAAUAGGACGUGCCUGUGAAAGCUGCUAUACCACAUACUCUUAUCAGUGGUACUCUUGGGGUCCCCCUAACAUGCAGUGCAGACUUUGUGCCUCCUGCUGGACCUACUGGAAAAAAUAUGGAGGCCUUAAAAUGCCAACGCGGUUAGAUGGGGAGAGACCAGGCCCUAAUCGCAACAACAUGAGUCCUCAUGGAUUGCCCAUGAGACACAGUGGUAGCCCAAAGUUUGCAGUGAAGACACGGCAGGCAUUCUUCCUUCAAACAACAGCACUUACUAAAGUUGCUAGACGUCUGUGCAGUGAUGUGUUCCGGCCGCGAUUCCUGGCACGGCAUCCCUACACGCCCAUCAACAGUGCUUCCCUUAAGGCAGAGUGCACUGCAAGGCUGACAGAGGUUCCCAAGAAUCUCUUACCAUUGAAACAAACUAGACGGAAACCUCUAGAGUCUGUCGUUCGUUAUUUAGAAGCACAUCCUUGUCCCAGACCAGGCCCACCCAGAAGUUCAACGAUAUCUAUGGCCAGUUUAACGCCCAUCAAAUCCAUGCCAAUACUCAACAAUGGCUCUCCCACUAUUUUGGGCAAGAGAAACUAUGAGCAGCACAACGGCAUGGACGGCAGUUUGAAGAAAUGUCUGAUGUCUGGCUGGGGACCCAAGCCCAAGGUGGUACCUCAAUGGGAAAUCCUUUCGUGCAAGCGUGUGGCUGAUUCAGUGAGAUUGUCUGCUGCACACCAAGAUGAUGAUGAUGAUGAUGAACUGGACUGAUGGCUUUGAUAACUACCUCUUCAUCAGCCAUAAGAUGAGGUUAAUAGAGCAGCGUCUUUCAUUGACUGAGACCAAGUAUGCCUCCAGGUAGCCUUACACGCUCUGUCCACCAGAACAGUCCAGUCAUGGAUCACAGCAGCCAGAGGCGAGUCAGUAAUCAUUGAGGACUGAAACCUGUCUUGCAUCAAUACGGAGAGAUAGGCCAUACGGGACAGCAGCCUUUCCCUUCCUCUUUUUAAACCUUGGAUGAUAAAUCUAAAACUGUGGAUCAGUGAUGGGACAUUAUUUGCAUUGCAAGCCCAAAGGUUGGGUGAAGGAUAUUUACUUUGUAUCAUAGGCUGCGUGCAUAUUUUUUUAAAAAAACGCACACAAAAACACAAAAAAAAAAGAAACAAACCUGCAGUGACUUUAAUUGCUUUGAAUUUGCUCACAGAUAUUUUGUCUUAUAUUUGUAAUUUUUUUUUUAAUUGAAUUGUUUUUGUGAACAGUUUUCUUUGAAAGUCUGUUUAAGUUAUUGAGAAAUGAUUAAUGGAAGAACGUUGUAUUUUAUUAUUGUUUUUUUUUUUUUUUCCUUCUUCCUAAUUUACCCAUUUGGUCUCAAACUGUGUAAUUUAAGUAUAAAACUCAUUUCUCUCGCUUUCUUGUGAAUAUAUAAAUAGAAAAGAUUCAAGAAGUUACGUUUUUCCUAAGUGGUGGCUGAAGAUAUCUUCCUGAAAUGAUGCAACAGGGAGUCGGUGUUGGAAGGUGCCAGUGUCGGGCACUCUUCUGGACUUUUUGUUUUAUUUUUUUUUCUCUCCAUUUCUUUUGUUCCUUCUGUAUUCCUUUUUUUUGUUUCUUUCAAAACUUGUGGAUGGUUACAAUUACGGUUGACCAAUAACCUGUAACUUAUCAUGCUUUAUUUUUUUAUCCCUCUUGCCCACUGAAACUGAAGUGAUACUCUGAGGUGGGGUAUGAAGGAAAUUAAGAUAUGUGCCGCCAAAUCUCAUUGAGCAGCUCGCUUUCAAGUGAAGAAAAAGGAAAAGACAAAAAAAAAAAAAGGAAACGACGGUCCUCAAAUCUGCCAUCAUGCUUCUACGGUGGGCCUGUUCCUUUACGGUAAGCACCCAUCCACUAAUUUGUAAGACUGUGUCCUUCUAAAAAAAAGAAAUCCAUGAAACCUGUGACAGUAUUGCACUGCAGCGUGUGUAACUUUGAAGUUAAGAUUCUGGGAUCAGCAUGUGCUUAACACCUGAAGUCUCCCAUUUUGUAUUUGUUUCCGCUGGUCAUUUAUUCUGUAUGUUGAAUUUCAAAGUUUGCAUACUCCUGUGUCCUCACUUCAAAGGGAUUAUUAAAUACAGGUGUUUGGUUAUUUAA